AUGUACAAAUACGAUAGUGUCGGUUCAAAUAAUAUAAUACAACAUUUUGAUGCUUGGAAGAACAAAACACUCAUUGGCGAGGUUAGGAGAUUGAGCCUCAUGAGUAACAUCAUUGUUGGACUCCGGGCAGAAGGAUUAUUGGAUGUUUCCAUCAAAUUUGUUGGAGGGUUGUCUGCUCUUAUUCUAUUCAAAAAUGAGCAAGCUGCUAAACACUUUUUGGAUUUGGGGCAAGCUACAUGGGUCAUCUCAUCCCCUGUUUCUUCACUCAAAAUUACUGACCUGUCAGCUGGAAACGUGUGUAUCUUGGUGAACUCGCCGAUCCGCAUUCACGAACCGUUAGUCAUAUUAUGGAGGGAUAGACAAUACCAGAUCUUUGUCUCUGAGGACUCUGGAGCCUGGGUGCCUAAAUUUAUGGAUGAAAAUGAAAAUAUUGAUGUGGUGGAUGAGAAUGAUAAUGACAUGGAUCCUCCUAUCCUUCAAGAUGAUUUCCUCGAUGCAAACAAUGAGGCUGAAGACGAAACGCUCCUCCGAUCGUGGGGGUGCGGUAUCCCAGGGGUCACGUCGCAUUGGUCUCCGUGCGUUUGCCCGUCUUUCGAGGAGGAUUUGGAUGCUCUUUCAUCUGUUGUCGCUGACUCAACUUUCGAGAUCCAUGUACCACUCGCAGAAUAUGAUACUCACAAUAUUGGAGGCCCCGACCCGGCUCGUACUGAUCUAGUUAGCCCAUCCGGCUCUUUGGGCUCUUCUUGCAUUCCCAAUCCAACUCUCUUGGUUAACCCAACAUCUCGUCCAAUUCCAGACCUAAAUUGCCCAAUUUCCUCAUCCCAAAAUGGCUCGAUUUCCGGGAACUCUCAUUCCAUGUCCAGGGGUAACUCUAAAUCAUCCCGUAAGCUUCCUUCUCACUCUCUCAAACUAAAAGAUACCCUCUGGCUUCCACGCUCCUCUCAGAUCUUGAACUCGAGAUCACACUCUGGAGUCUCUCGAAAUAACGGUGGGGGGUCAGGUUACGAUCACUCUAUUACCCUAGAAACCACCAACACAUUGAUUAUUGGCGACCAAUUGGGAUUCAAAUUAGAUGGAUUGAAGAGCAUAUCAGGGAUAUGGCUAAACUCUACAUUCUGUGAACUAGGUGCUAGAAAAUUCAACGAGUUUAUUUUUCAGGCAGGUCUCAGCGGAUACCCCAUGGGCGGUAGGCUAUUCACCUAUAUGAAGGAUGGUGGUGAAAAGCUAAGCAAAAUUGACAGAGUUCUUGUCAAUGACAAAUUCCUUCUUUUGUGGCCAAACGCCUCACUCGCUGCACUACCACGGGAAUUUUCUGAUCAUUGUCCGCUCCUGUUAAGCACUACGGUGGUGGAUUUCGGUCCAUCUCCUUUUAGAUUUUUCAACAGGUGGCUUAAUAAUACUAGUUUGGUGGAGGUUGUUAACACCGUGAAUGAAUCUUUUCUUUUCACGGGUCCUCCCGACAAACUCCUAUCUUGUAAGCUUAGGCGGAUCAAGAAUAUGAUCAAGGAUUGGAAUGCCAAAAAGAGAGAAAUAGAAUUAGGUGAGUUGAUUAAACUUAGACAAUGGAUCGAUGCCCUUGAUCUUAUUGUGGAAUCCAGGGGCCUUUCUAGUGUGGAACUUGAGAAUCGGCUGGAAUGGAAAAAUAAAUUAAUAGAGCUUGAGCAAAACAGGUGCCUUGAUCUCAAACAAAAAGCUAGGAUCAAGUGGGCAUUGGAUGGCGAGGAAAACUCCUAA